AUCUCGGUGGUGCGCGAGCCCCGCGGCGGUUUGUGGCCGGUGUGUGUGUGUGUGUGUGUAUAUCUGUUCGGGAGGACGACUUACUUCCAAUUAUCCCCUCUCACACAACGAUUUUCAUCCCGUUUUCAGUGUUCCCGGGAGCGGAGACUUCCAUGGCUUAACGCGGGAUCGUGUCACGGACUUUAUUCGUUUAUGACUUUCUUUUCGGAGGAUUUUUUCUCGUCUCUCAGCGAGCUAAGCUAGUUAUCGAGCUCGCGAGCUAGUACUGGAUUUACGUAUAUUCUCCGCGUAUGAAAGUUCAUCAGACCAAACAAUACCUGGAUGAAUCCACUGGGAAUUAUUUAUAAAGUCACUUUGAAUCCGGGCGGCUUGAUAGGAAGAAGAUAAAGGGCCACCGUUACCUCAGCGAAGCUAAGGAGCUAAUAUGAAGUUAGCCAGCUAACGCUCUCGUGUGCAAGAAAACACCCUCCGCGCGAGCUGUUUCUGAUACCUAAUAUUGAAUUUUGCUCAUUUAAUGUUAGGAUAAUUAAGUCUUUGAGGUUUUGUUUUCAUGUUGAAUGCCUGAUCUGUCUAGGGGAGUGGUGGGUUGAUGCUCUGCCUUGCAUACUUCAGCCAAACCCACUCACAUUAAUAAGUGUUUAACACUUACAUUAAUGCGUUUUGUGGCAGAAGUCAUUCCUAUCUUAAUCUAGAAACCCAUAUCAAAUGGAUAGGCUUAUUUUUAAGGGGAGUACAGCUUAACUAAUCCAACAGGUUAUUAGUAUAUUAGUGUUUAUUGGUCAGGCCUAUGGUUGUAAAGGGGAAUGAGGAUGAAUUGUGCAGGGAACGAGGUGUAACAUCUCAAAUUGUGGACUAUCAUCAGAUUUGUAUGGAAAAAAGCAGCUGAAUUGGGUUUGGUUCGGCAACAUGGGGGUCUCGCAAGGGGGCAAGAAGUCAACUACAUAGUGUCUAAGUAGUUUUGUUGACGUAAUGUAGUCGGUUUAGCAGAAGAGCCUUGUCUUUUCUCGAUAGUUGAUAUUUUUUUCGUAUUACUAUGUGCAUUGGUCUCCUGAUAAUUUAUUAAAGAUAGGAGAAUUGGAGCAACAGGUCAGUCUGGAUCAAGAAACACUGUCUUUCGUGUCUGGUUGGAGUAACACUCCCAAGCCAUCCUCAAUGCCUUCAGCGCUGGCCGUGUUCACCUGCCGCCCGAAUUCGCACCCGUUUCAGGAACGUCAUGUCUACCUGGAUGAGCCGGUCAAGAUCGGGCGCUCCGUGGCCCGGUGUCGCCCUGCGCAGAAUAACGCCACCUUCGACUGCAAGGUGCUGUCCAGGAAUCACGCUCUGGUGUGGUUCGACCACAAGACUGGAAAGUUCUAUCUCCAGGACACCAAAAGCAGCAAUGGCACCUUCAUCAACAGCCAGCGUCUGAGCCGCGGGUCGGAGGAGAGCCCUCCCUGUGAGGUGCUCUCCGGUGACAUCAUUCAGUUUGGGGUGGAUGUGACCGAGAAUACCCGGAAAGUUACUCAUGGCUGUAUAGUGUCGACCAUCAAGCUCUUCUUACCAGAUGGCAUGGAAGCUCGGCGGCGAUCAGAUGUUGUUCCAGCACCACUGCCACUGGCUAUUGAUAAGGUGUCCGCAAAUACACCCAGUAUGUAUUCUCAGGAACUGUUUCAGCUCUCCCAGUACCUGCAGGAGGCCUUACACAGAGAACAGAUGCUGGAGCAGAAGUUGGCCACUCUGCAGAGGCUGCUGGCCAGCACACAGGAAGCAUCAGAGAGCAGCUGGCAGGCUUUAAUCGAUGAAGACCGGUUACUCUCUAGAUUGGAGGUGAUGGGGAAUCAGUUGCAAGCAUAUUCAAAAAACCAAACGGAAGACGGUAUCCGAAAGGAGCUUGUAGCCUUAACAGAGGACAAACACAAUUACGAGACGACAGCCAAAGAGUCCCUGAGGCGGGUCCUUCAGGAGAAAAUCGAGGUGGUCAGAAAACUGUCUGAGGUCGAGAGGAGCUUGAGUAACACAGAGGACGAGUGCACACACCUGAGAGAGAUGAACGAACGCACACAGGAAGAGCUUCGAGAACUCGCCAACAAAUACAACGGAGCCGUCAAUGAAAUCAAGGAUCUCACAGAAAAGAUCAAGUUGGCAGAGGGCAAACACGAGGAGCUCACGCAGAAAGGCCUGAAUGAGAAGAAAGAGCUACAGCUGAGGAUUGAAGAGAUGGAAGAGAAGGAACAGUCGCUUCAGGCUCGAAUCGAAGCUCUGCAGGCGGACAACGACUUCACGAAUGAGAGACUAACGGCCCUGCAAGUCCGGUUAGAACAGCUGCAGGAGAAAAGCAUAAAGGAAAACAACAGUUUAGACCACUUUCUUUUAAAGAGUGGAGGAGACUGCACUUUAAUCCAACAGUACAUUGAGUGUCAAUCGGUGAGGCAGCUGAAGGAAGCUGUGGACUCAUCCAUUAACAAGCUGUCUAACUUUGACGAGGUCAUUGAUGCACAUCUUCAGAAUAACCAGACGACAGUGGACAACAGCUUGGCCAGUCCAGACAGGCUUAAAGAAAACCAAAUAGACGCUAAAGAGUGUGAUAUGUCAGAUACUCUGAGCCCCAGCAAGGACAAAAGCAGUGACGACACAUCAGACGGACAGAUGGAUGAACAAGAACUGAACGAGCCCCAGAACAGGGUUUCUCUUCUGAAAGAAAUGGACAGGAACCUGGAAGCUGGAGACACUGAGCAGGUCAUUCCACACCUCCACAGAGAGCUACAGGAGGCCCAGGAGCUCGCCAACACUGGCAAACAGAAAUGCCUUGAACUUCAAGCCCUGCUGGAGGAGGAGAGGAAAACCAACAGACAGCAGACUGAAGAAUCUGCUAAACAGAUCCGCUUCUUACAGACUCAACUAGCGAAGCUCCAGUCUGACAUGGAGGCUCUACGUGAGCAGAGGGAAAACACUAUUUCCACCACCCGAGAGGAGCUCUACAGCGCUCAGGAAGAGAUCCUGGUGCUCCGGCAUGCCAUGGAGGCCGCCACUGCCGAGCGGGAACGGGAUAUCGCCGCCCUGCAGGGAGACCUAAGCAUAGUCACCGCUGAACUGGACAAAUGGAGACAGACGGCAGCCAAGUAUGAAGUGGAGAUCAGCAACCUGCAGGCCAGCUUCCAGCUUCAGAGCCAGCACCAGGAAAGAGCUAGCCAACUCCAAGGUGAAUUGGAGAAGCUUCAGGCUGAGUGUUCUGGUCUGCAGAAUGAAUGUGACAGUCUUCGGGCUGAGAAGACAACGCUAAUGCAGAAACUCCACAGACUAGAGGAAGAGCUCGACAGCUCCAGAGAGCGGAGUGCGACGUUGAGCAGCAGUCUAAACGCUCUGGAGAAAUCCCAGGGUGACCUGGAGAAUAAACUGGGGUCAAUACAAGACCAGCACCAACAGGACGCUAGCAAACUGAAAGUCCAACUGGCCCAAGCAGAGACCCGUACCAGAGACCUGCAGAAGGAGUACGAUGACACUCAGAAUCUGCUGUCAGAUCUCCGGCAGCGGUAUGAGCAGACGGAGCAGGAGAAACUCUCCAUCAACGACGAGCUGGAACAGUGCAAGGUCAACCUCAAACUCCUGCAAGAGAAGGGCAGCAAUCCAUCCAUAUUGCAGCCUGUCCAAGCCAUUUUCAUCGGUCUAUUCCUGGUUUUGCUGUAUUGGUGCUUCGGCCAGUUGUGGUAGAAAGAGCGGAUGGAUGCCCUGGAUGCCGGUGGUUGCCGCCGUGGUUGCAGUGACGGCAGUGGUGCUUUAUCCCAACUUGUCCAAGAGCUCCUCCUGAGAACGUUAACCAAUCACAACACUCGUCUCCACCACUUCCUGUCCCCGGCACGGCCCUCUGUCCAAUCCGACUUCAGUUUUAAUCCAGGCGCACGGCCUAAAUCUGAACGUAAUACCUCUCGUUUUGACAAUUACAGCCCCAAUGUCUGUGUAAAAUGCAAAUGUAUAUAGUAUAGAAAGAAAGAGGGAAUAAAGUUCUAAUGCAUAUUAUAGAAUAAAUAAUCUAUCUGCAUUUUUGUCACUUGGAUGGGAAUUUUGAUUAUUAAAAUGGCCUAAACUAGGUCUAACGUUCUUUUUUUUGUUUGUUUUCUUGGACGGGGUACCGCGUUUUCUGUUAGCAAGUUUUUGUUUGUUGGACUUUUUGUGGUUUGCCAUGUUAGGUGUGGUAAACCUAAAUAGAUGUACAGCCAAACGAGAGGGCACGGAGCGGCGAAGUGCCUACUUUAAAUACUACUAGGACUAGUUCACAUUGAAGUGCCACUCUUGAUCCACUCAUGCAGCGUAUCAAUUCGAUCUUGAAUGAUAAAAAAAGUCUAAAUUUCACGUCAUCUGUGCUGUUAUUGUGUGUUCAAGCCGACAUGCUUCUAGCACAGUGAUGUCGUUGUUCUCUAUGGCUGUUUUCUCUUGUAUUAUGUAUAAUAAGCAAAUGUUCAUGUCAGAGACACACUACAAAGUAUAUAGGUGAUUUUGAAACUCAACGUUCUUGACAUGUAGGAUUGUGGUCGAUGUCAAAUGUAUGGAAGCUUGUUUCUGGCAUGAAAUAAAAAAUUAAAAUGGUAAUUGUAUCUUUUUAUCUCACAAUUCUGACUUUUUUUCUCAGUAUUGCAAGGUAUAAAGUCACAAAUGUGAGUUAUAAAGUCAGAAUUGCGAGAUAUAAAGUUGGAAUUGAGAUAUAAACCCACAAUUGUGUGUUGUCCAAUUGUAAGAGGGGAAAAAAAGACCACUUUUUUUUUUCUCAAUUGCGAGUUUAUAUCUCAAUUCUGACUUUACAACUCGCAAUUGCAUGUUAAGAAGUCAGAAUUGCCUGCAAUUGUGAGUUUAAAUCUCUCAAUUCUGAGAAAAAAAGUCAGAAUUCUAAGAUAAAAAUUUGCAAUUACCUUUAUUUUUUUUUUUUUUUAGUGGGGAAAACGAGCUUCCAUACAAAUGUAAUGAAGCAUUGACUUAAAAAAAAAAUAAUAAAAAAAUGUUGUAGCUUUUUACCAACACACUGUCCUGCUGUCGCGGACUAAGAUUUGAGUCUUUUCUGUACUAAAACUCCUACAGUACCUCCUGAAAAAGGCUCUGGGAUUUUGCUGCCUUACCUGUAAAAUAGGUUCCUUCUUACAGAAUGAAAUUGGAUUGCUUUAAAAGGAAUGGGGGAAAAAUGAUAAAUGGGUGGAAGUGUCACAAAUCCACUCCAUUGAAGCACAGAAAUGGGUGAGAGCGAAUUAUUUUGGGGAUGAACGGAAUGAGUUGUUUAAAUUUGGAUGUGCAAAAGCUGCUUUGAGACUGGAGGAAGACGAAUUAACCAAUGAUGUGUUUGGUGUGUGGUUCACAUUUGUCUGCUGUGCUGUAAAUAAACAGUCAUGGAGCACAAAGCCUAACUCAUCUGGUUCAACGUGUCAAGGACUUUUGUUUUUGCAUCCUUUGUUGUUUUACUGGAAAGACAUACUCCAACAAAAAUCCGUUGAACGCUUCAACAUGGAUUUGACCACGAAUGCAAAAAAGCAAAGCUUGUAGCACAAAAAAAAAAGAAAAAGGAUAGCUUUAAAAACAUUGAAAACGUAAUGCAUUCUUUAAACAGCAUGAUGGACUUUUUAUUUUAAACAUCCGUUUGGAACGUCGUCCUUCACGUUAGAAGAAUGCUCAUAGGUCGUUUGUAAAUAUGUAUGUAUGAAUGUUUGUGUGUAAAUAUAUGUUAUAGUCACAAAAUAAAAAAAUUGGAUAUAAAUGAUAUUGGUCAUAUCUAAUUUGCUGCUGGAGCCAGUUUUCAGGAUAUGAUGCAUUGGCCUUUUCUCUUCCUUUCAAUUGAGAUACGAGUUCUCCGUUCCAGUUCAUUUUAAUGUAGUUUUAUAGAUGCAAAAAAUUUUUUGGGCUUGAACAUGCAGUUUUAAGGGUUUUUUUUGCAUGUUUGACACUUAUUGAAUUGUGCUGACCAAGGGGAUUUUCUUUUAAAUUGCAAAUGAAAGAUUUGGAACGUGUUCAUUAGGUGGCUAAACGCAGGUUUUUGUAAGCUUAAAAUUUGUAUUUUUGUUUCUCUGUUAAUUCAAAGAUGGUGGAAUGAAGUCACAAGGUUAAAAUCAAAAGCUAGGGUCUUUGGGAAAAGAUAUCUUUAAACUGGUCACCAACCAAGUCAGUACAGCACACUGCCUGUAUAUAGUUAUGUUCGUAAAUAUUGUUUUUUAAUUAUUUUUUUUUUCUUGAAUUGAGAGCUCAGAAUGACACUUUUGUUUUGAACAUCAAAUAUAGUUCACUGUCAGAAAUCUAUUUUGUAAAAACAGAAUGAUAUAAUACAGAUAAAGGGUAUUUGCACUAACAAGUGUGAUGUGCAUGACUUCAAUAAAACAACUUCACUUUC